GUCACAGAUGCUCCGGGGGGGGGCAGGUACCCCACUUUGGGGUCACAAAUGCCCCCCCUGGAUCACAGAUACCCCGGGGGGGGUCACAGAAACCCCAUUAGUGUCACAGACACCCUGGGGGGGUCACAAAUACCCCAUUGGGUCACAUACACCCCAUAGGGGCCACAUACACCCCAUGGGCUCCCAGACACCCCAUAGGGUCACAUACACCCCAUUGGGGUCCCAGACACCCCAUAGGGGUCACGGACACCCCCGCACCAGCAGGGGGCGCUCCGCUCCCCACCCGUCCCUCACCCCUCCCUUGUGGGCGUGGCCUCUCCCGGCGCGCCGUCCCCCCGCGCAUGCGCCGUGCGCGCGGUUGCGGGCCGGUGCCGGUGCCCCCCCCCCCGCCAUGUCCACGCUGUUCCCGUCGCUGCUGCCCCGCGUCACCGAGAGCCUCUGGUUCAACCUGGACCGGCCCUGCGCGGACGAGGGCGAGCUGCAGCAGCAGGAGCAGCAGCACCAGGCCUGGCUCCAGAGCAUCGCCGAGAAGGACAACACGCUGGUGCCCAUCGGGAAACCGGCAUCCGAGCACUACGACGAGGAGGAGGAGGAGGAUGAUGAGGAUGAUGAGGACAGUGAGGAGGACUCGGAGGACGAUGAGGACAUGCAGGACAUGGACGAGAUGAACGACUACAACGAGUCCCCUGACGAUGGGGAGAUCAACGAGGUGGACAUGGAGGGUGCGGAGCAGGACCAGGACCAGUGGAUGAUCUGAGGGCGCCGGGGCCGUUCCCGACCGGAGCCGUGCUGGGGGGGUCCCUGUGCCCCCCAUAGCGCUGGGGGGGCUCUGUGGGGCACAGGGGGCUCUAGAGCCAGGCUGCGGCUCUGCCAUUCCCAAGUAAACUCCAUUUUUAAGUAACCAC